AUGGAAACAUGUUUCUAAAUCAUGUAAAUUCACACUUUUUCUUAUAUUACGUUUUCUUACCCGAUAAUAACUUAUGAGAAUAAUCAGACUCAUUAUUAAUAAAGUUGAAAAGAGAUAUGUUAACACAGGAGAGCAAAAGACGGGUAAAAAGACUAGAUAGUUUCAUCAGUCAUGACGCCCCGUCAGUCAUUAGUCUUUUUCUCAAAACGGCCUAGACAUGACUAGUCCAAUAUUAUUGGGAGUCCGUACACCGCGUCCUGACCAGCCCGCAGACGGGUGUCAGUAUUUCAAUACAGUCUAAUCAUAUUUACAAAAACGACUAGUCCUGACUACUAACAGUUGUUGAAAGAGACUAGCCAUGUGGGAUCACUUUUUGAGAGAAUGACUAGUCAAGACACGUCGACAUGACGCCCGUUUGACGCAAAAAUAUUUAGUCUCGUAUCUCAAUCCUAUCGUCUUCGGACUAGUCCUAACAGUCCGUCAUGACACCCGUCCGAUAUAUUUAAAAAUUGAAAAAUAUAUUUGGGCAUAUCGAUCAUAUUGCUAACUGCAUGCUAUACAUUAUACAACUACUAGUCAUUCAUAACGUCUGAAACCGGUUCUUUUGUGAGUCAGAUGUUGGUGUCCAGACUCGUCUAAAUUAUAGAAGCAAAGUGAGGAAGGUUAGAUUCGAACAUACAUACUUUGUGUUACAUACCUAGCUUGGCAAGCAGUUCAACCAUACAAGCUGAUGUUUCAUCGAUGAGACAUCUACCCAUUCCUGACACGUCUUUCACACAUUAAUGAUCAGAGAAGUUUAUUAUAUUAUUUAAUAAAAACUUAUUCAUUCAUAUACUAACAAACUAUUUGAUGAUGCAUCUCAGUAACAAAUCAAAAGUUCCAAUGUUCUAGUUACAUGAACUACUAUCUCAUACGGUUUUAUCAAGAAACAUUAGAUUUGACAAUUUUUUUUAAAGAAACAAUUUAUUUUUAUUAAUAAUAAAAAUGACUUUUAUCUGUCAACUAUUGUCUUUUAAGUUAGGAAAUUCUAACAUAGUAAAACGAUUACCAGUUUCACAUAUACAAGCAUUUUCUCAAGAUUAAUUUUCGAUGCUUCAGAUGAAAAAAUAUUUGUUGUUUUCUAUAGAUUGGAGUUCUGAAGGUCGUUAUAUGCGUUAUAUUAGUGGACUUAUUGAUGGAGUUAUGCAAUGUUUAUCAACUAUUUGGUAA